UACUGUACCAGCCCGAUUCUACAGCCACGCAUCGCAUUUUCAGUGCUUCUCUUUUUAUCCUGACAGUUCUUGCCGUGCACCAUUCGAUAAUCGAUCCAUUCGCUUUACUGAUAUUCUGUUUGUUGUUUUUACUUUUUCAGUUUCCAAAUUUUACUUGUGACUUUUCCUGUCCUUGGUAAACAACCUCCUCUCUCUAGACUCUAGUAGAAACCAGCGAUCAGCUAAACGUGGUUUCGUAGGUUUCCACGCGUGACGCAGCUGCAGCCAAAAUCCAGGCAGCGAUGUCUGUACGCGUCAAGCUGUGCGAUUCCGUCACCAGCAGCAGCACCAUGCAGGCCCCCAACAUCCGCUACAUGAAACUGGAUGCCAGCGCUAACUACGCUGUGCUCCAGCAGCGUGUCCGGGAUUUGGUGGGACACGACCAGUUCCGAAUGUUCUGGAAAGAUAGCAAUGGUGAAGAGCCCGUGUGCGGCUGUGACGAUGAACUGGAGAUGGCCGUGGUGUCCCGUCCCGCCGACGGCCUGCUGACGCUGUGGGUCCGCCACUUGGCGUCAUCCGCACCGUCCAGCGCGACUCCGUCUCCCAGCCGUCUGCCUCCCGUUGUUUCAUCAACGGCUCCGGUAUUCUCAGGCAUGAUGGGUACGGCGAGUGCCAUCGCGGUGGCAUUUCCUUAUCCAGUCGUUCAGAGUAAGAACUCCAUCACCGCCCGACGCAGCCACCAGCCCCAGCUGCCCAUCACUCAUACCGUGCGAGUGACGAAGAAGCCGCGACCUGCAGUGAAGCACCGGAAAAAGAUGGUUUCCGCGGUGCCACCCUCACCGUCGCCGAGUCCGCCCGUGGAGACCAGCAGCGCGGUGGUGUACGAAGCGGAACCUCCCCUGGAUGUCGAUUCCCCGUUGUGCGUGGUGAGCAACAUAUGGGCCAAUGACCCGGCUGCCGUGCUGCCCGCCGCCCCCGUCGACACCCUGCGGGGCCCGCCGUCCAGCCGUCGUCGCCGGACCACACCGGGCGCGGGUGUGGCAGCCGGUGUUUCCAUCAUCGCGGCGGUGUCGGACGGGGCUAGUCCGCAUCGUGCGGCUGCGCCGGAUGCCGGGGACGUGACGAUCCCGGAAACCGCGCGGGAAGACGCCAAUGGGGUUUCUUCCAAUAUUCCCGACGCGCUUGUGUCCAGCGUGGAGAGUGCGGAGGAAACGGUGCCGGAAGUGGCUGCUGUCGGUGGUGCUGGUGCGGAUGGAUCCCGUGGGGCGGUUGCACUGGCGACGGAUCAACACGAAAUGGAAGUCCUGCCGUCGGCCAGCAGUGUGGAUCAGUUGGCGGAUGUGUCGUUGUCGCUCUCCAUCAGCAGCAGCGACUCCAGUGACACCAGCCUGAACAGUAGCUUUACGGCAUCGGAAACCGAUUCCGAAAUAUGUGGUUCGUUUCCGCUGGAUAAUUCUGUUUCGCCGAUUGCAUCAGCGAAUGGUGCGGGUUCGCACAGGGGAAUGAUCCAUUCGGUCCCGUUGCAUGACAGUCUGAGUCGGGCAGACUUGGCCGUUGCCGGGUCACAGCCGACCGCGGCAGCUCCCGACGUGUCCCGUGAGAAUCUGUCCCUGGAUGUAGGACGACUGGAUUUCCGUGACGGGAUCCAACCGCUCCCACGUGGAAACAGCCUGCGCACUGAUGAAGGAUCACACGUGGCCGCGACGAUCACCGGCGUAUCCGAUUCGAAUGUGGCAUUGAAUGCACCGGCACCGGAAAGCGGUGGAAAGAAUCACCCGGGACCUUUAAAGCCGGGCGGGGUGGCAAAAGGUCACCACCACCAUUUGCCGCGGCAACCAGCAGUGUAUCCAAUGAAAACGUCGGACCGUCCAGCCGCGCACCGACGCCGGUACCGGCUGUCUUCCAGUUUCCAGCCCGUCUGCAGCGCUGCAACUCGAUGCCGACCAGCGCGGCGCGGGCGGGUCAACGCCAGCGCUCCCCGGCAGCCCCCACCACGGGGCGCGCCCCCAAACGCCCCCACGCCGCGGACAGCGACGAGGAGGAGGUCGUCCCCAUGCCGUGGCGUAGCGGGGUACGCCGACCGCCGCCGCCGCCCAGCCGGGAGCCCCCGCCGGCCCCGCACCAGCCGACGCGGGUGCGCUUCCAGGAGAUGGUGGAGGUCUACUCGCUGGAGCUCAGGGGACCCUGCCAACCGGCCGCCGAGCACCGGGAGAUGCGCCCGUCCUGGCCGGCGGCGUCCACGGCCCUCCGACGUGGCUGGCGCAGUGCCUCCGUGGCGCACUGAUGCGUUGUCAGAGAGCCAUGGAUAUUGGACGUAAAAACAGACAGUUUCACGGGAGAACGGGGAUACGGGAAAAUCGUGAUGGAUUGUGUUGGACUGGAAAGCGUCUGCGGCCAGAGCCGGGUUUGAUUAUUACGUUGAUUAUGAAGGGAAUUUUUAUGACUUUUUUAUGAUUAUACUGUACAGUUAUUAUGAAUAGUAUUUGUCGGUUGUUGUUGAUUAUCGAGUAAACGGUUGGAACGUGAUUUUCUGCUGAUGGAUUGAUCGCUUGUGAUGAACUUUUGGUCGUCUUUGUGGCGUCGUAUCCGUUGGAUUUUUGUGCCUUUUUUUAUUAUGCGCCAGUCAGAAAUGACCACAAACUUUCUUUAGUUUUGUGCCUGAUCGGCGAUGAUC